AUGAUCCCUCGCAGCGACCGCGUCUUCUUCAACAACAUAGAGGGUAGUCCUUCCGCCUUUACCAAGCCUCCUCCUCCCACUCCCGUCAAGAAUGUCGCCGCUCAGGACAUGCAAAGCCUCCUUCCUUCCUCCACCAACACACGCUACGUCGGUAAACGAUUUAGUGUCACCAAAGAUUCUCGCAAGGCUCGAGCCAUAGCCCCUGCUACACCUUGGCGUCCGCGCAUCUCUCGCAAGCCUUCCAUUACCUCUGCUGCUCCCGGAGAAGAUCUAGUAGAAGAGCCCAGUCCGCUCGAUCGCAAGCCUCCAACCAAUAUCGUGCCGCUCAAGCUUGGAAGUAAGACGGAGCCUAGUGCCUUGUCUUCUGCUUCUACCUCCGCAACACUUGCUCCAACUGCAGGCGAGAAAGAGGAAGAACAGGGUGCAGACACGUAUCGACGCGAGAGCGAGAAAGUCGAGCCAGGCGCGCCAAAGAUCGAGCAGAGGGAAGAUCGGUGGGGUCUGCUCAGGUCGGAUCUCGCCAACACCAGAACACCCAUGCAGUACGAGCAAGUUGCUCAUCCUCAUCCCUUCUUGACACGAGCUCAAGUCGCACUGCCGUACAACCCUCGAAUGGCACACACCGAGCCUCCCUCUCAUCCCUUCUCGAAACGCACAGAGCCUUGCUUGGCGAUGGACAUGAACAACGACACAAACAUCUAUGUCAAUGGAUUACCCAAAGAGAUGAACGACAAGCUGCUCUACCUACUAGGCUCGGCCUGUGGAGUGGUGAUCAGUCACAAAGCGAUGAUGGACCGUCAAACAGGUUUCUGCAAAGGAUUCGGGUUCUUGAUGUAUGCUUCCAACGAUAUGGCCAAGAAAGCUAUCGACUGGCUCAACAGCCAUGGUUUCAGCUCGUCCUUCGCUAAGGAGUCGUUCACCGCAAGGCUGCGUAGAAUGGCAGACACGACCUCAUCCAACGUCUACCUCUCCAAUCUCCCUCUCAAAUUCACCGUCGACCAGCUCGAACAGCUUUUCAAUCCUCACCCCGUCGCCAGUCUCAAGAUUCUGUACGAUGUUCACGGGGAGAGCAAAGGUGUCGGCUUUGUCAGGCUGCACGAUCGGGCGACCGCCAAGCUGUGCAUCGACAGGCUACACGGGAGAGUGUUACCUGGCACGACAUUGCCACUGCAGGCGAGAUUUGCUGAUAGCGAUGCGCAGAAACAGCUCAAGCAUUCGGUCAGCCAGAAGCAAACUUUGGAGUCGCUUGGUCUUCUUCACCUGUCGGAGAGUAUGCCUGCGCCGAGGGUAGGCGAAGUUGGCGCAGGAUUUGGAGAGCAGAAGCAGCAGCCUAGAUCCGAACCAAGCUGUAUGCCAGCUAGUGCUUUCGGCGGAGAAAGGAGAAUCAGAACAGCAAGCGAGCUCGAUGCAGCCGUUGCUCGAGGUUGGCAUGCUAGACAAGUCGCAGCUCUUGCGCACCCCACCCCACCCUUCCCUCAGCCGUUCAUUCCGGGCUCGGCUACUUCUUCGAUGCAAGCCGUUCGCUCGUCCGUGAUCACUCCUGAGCCCAUUCAGGGACAGAACAUGGAGACCAGGACCGGACUGGGCAUCAUGGUCCCCGGUCAGUUUCUAUGGAGUCACGUGCAGCCGCCGGCUCAAGUCGUGGAUGCGAUGGCUUGGUCUUCGAUGCAAGCUCCUGGUGCCAUGUACUCUGGUAUGGAAGGCAGCUAUCCUUUGGACCGACCUUUCGUUUCAUCAGCCGAUGUUGGUGUCUGGCACGGAGGCAAAGAUGAAGGAGGUGACGGAGCAGCCUACUUGCCCUUCCCUCUUGUUCCACCUCCUGGUCUUGGCUACGGCAACCCUGUAGACAGGAACAAAGCCGUAGAAGAUGCUCGCUCCAGACGCAAGAACAAACGUUUGGCCGCAGCUGUUCGGGCCCGCUUGGCCGGCGCCGCUGAUGAAGGCAAGCGCGCAGUCUCGGACCCAAUGGCAAUGCUCACUGCUCAAGCCAGACUUCGCGAAACACAGGGUCUUCCUGAUAGAGUCAGAGCUGCCGUUUCAGCGGAUAACUCGAUCGAUGCUGAUGUUGGCGAUGCAUCUGCUGUUUCGGACAGCUCGGACAGCAGCGAGGAGGAAGAGGACGGUGUCAGUAUUGAUAUUCAGGUUCAUGCUCAGCCUUGA